UCAGAAUACAAAGGCGCUUGACAGCCGAUGUUAUAAAGCGCCUUAGGAAUCACGUUCACUUUCUCUCUUGAUCAUACCUGCAUUAUUCCCAGUUAGUACAGCACCCACAAUCCAAACUUGCUCCGUUUCCUUGAAACUCUAGCUUCUGCUUACACUUUCAUAUACACCGGUUUCGAGCCAAAACAAUACUGCCAGACAGCGAACGCGGCAACGAUGCAGUUGACGUUCGUGACGGAUCUAGGCCAGUCGUAUGCCGUUGAUAUCGACCCUGAUAUGGAGCUUGAGAACGUGAUGGCUUUGCUAGAGGCAGAGGUGAGUCUCUUGUUAUCUAUUAUCCAGCCCCAACUAAUACAUGCCAAUUCCCUUGUCUUUGCUUCCUCCCCGUUCCUCUGCUCAUACGAUGACCUGCACGGUACUGUCUACGACUCUGGAUCAUGCAGUCGAGUAUACCCCCCAGCGAACAAAGCAUCUCGCACAACGGGCGUGAACUUACAGAUCCAAAGGCUACCAUCCGGGCGCUUGGUGUGGGCGAACACGCUAUCCUCCUCUUACGCAGGCGUGUCAACGUUCCCGGGCCCGAAGGCAGGUGAGCAUCUAAUCCUGUUCUCGGCCUUCAUUGCACGCAUGCAUUGAUGAUUCUUUACAGACCCAUAGAACAAGAUGCAGAGAUGAUGAGACUACAAAUUCUUGGAGAUCCGCAACUUAUGAGACAAUUACAAGAAGUGCGUGAUUAUUGUUUCUCGCUUUCUC